CGCUCUUCUGCUAGCUGAACUUUUUGCUUGGUAUAACAAAAAUAUGUAAUUUUAAGCGCACACAAAAUACAAAUGGACGAGCCAAGCCUUCAAAGAAGAUACUGGGAUCUAAAAGACGGCGGGAAACCUGCGAUGCAGCGAUUGGAAACGGUUUCGACAAAAGUAAGCUGGGCUGUCAACAUUCAGACUGUGUGAUGUGCAACAAUCUCCCGACCAAGUGUGUAAAGGCAAAGAAGACCAGAGGAGUCAUUACACGAAGGAGGAGGAGGCGGCAGUGGCAGUAUCAUUGAAGAUUGCUUUGCACAUAGCCGGCAUAAUGGAGCCUGUUCACCUAACACCAGGGGCAUUCUCUAUGAAACAGGAAGAUUGUAAGUGGGGGCCUGUAGCUUUCAAAAAUGAGGAUGCUUUACUUGACAGCAUUCAAGUACAAAAUCAUGAAAUUGUAAAAUGUGUCAAAGAAGAGGACUCUAUAGGGAACAGCUCUGCUGCGAAGAUAUGUUCAAGGCCUUCCACUCUUCAAGAAGAUUCAGUUCAGUUGAAGCCAGAGUCACUGGAGUUUGAAUGCAAGCAUAUAUGUGACAGCAGAGAAGAGCAAGACAAACUAUCUUCAAGGCAACCUGAUCUACCAGAGGAUGUCAUCUGCUCCCUGUCUUCUGUUACAGUGGACACUCUUGAAUACAGGAGUCAACGGGAGGAUCAUGGUGAAAAUCUGCAUCAGUUCAUGUCGGGGGAAGAGAAUCUGAAAUGGACUACUUUACACUUUGAUCCUGUGCCUGUCAAGAAGCAGAUACAGAUCAGCAUAAACAGGACUCAACAGACUCACAGACGCAACUGUGCAGCCUUUUACAACUGCCUAGACUGUGGAAAAAGUUUUAAACGUGCAUCUCAUUACAAGGUGCACCGGAGAAUUCACACAGGAGAGCAGCCUUAUCACUGUUCUGAAUGUGGCAAAUGUUUUUCACAAGUUGGUAGCCUCCAUAAACACUCAAGAAUCCACAGUGGAGAGAAGCCCCAUUGCUGCUUAGAAUGUGGCAAAUGUUUCUCUGUGAUUGGCAGUCUUCGGAUUCACACGAGGACACAUACAGGUGAGAAGCCACAUUGCUGUUCUGAUUGUGGUAAAGAGUUCUCCUUACUCAGAAACCUUCAGACCCACUCAAGAAUUCACACGGGACAGAAACCUCACAGUUGUCCAGAAUGUGGCAAACGAUUUGCACAGAAAGGUGGUCUUAGAACUCAUGCAAUAGUGCACACUGGGGAAAAGCCACAUUGUUGUGCUGAAUGUGGAAAACGAUUUUCUCAGAUGGGCAACCUUCAGACACAUUUAAAAAUUCAUAGCGGAGAGAAGGCAUUUUGUUGCUCUGAAUGUGGUAAGCGAUUCACACACAAAGCUAGCCUGCAAGCUCACACAAGUAUCCAUACUGGAGAGAAACUGCACUGCUGUCCAGUCUGUGGCAAGCAGUUCUCGCGUACAAGCAAUCUUCAGAGGCAUGCAAAAACUCACACUGGUGAAAAGCCAUUUUGCUGUUCUGAAUGUGGCAAACAAUUUUUCCAAAAGACGGAUCUUCAUAUUCAUCUGAGAAUUCACACUGGCGAGAAGCCGCAUCGCUGUCCAGAAUGUGGUAAGCAGUUCACAGAGCACAAGCAGCUUAAGGCACACUCAAGAAUUCACACGGGAGAAAAACCCUUCUCCUGCCGUGAAUGUGGUAAGCAGUUUAGACAUAGCAGCAGCCUUCAAGUACACACAAGAAUUCACUCCAGAUAAAACUUGCGAGUGUUACAAGCCAAUAUUUGCACAAGGACACUAUUGGAUUCAUGCUGGAUAAAAUAAUAAGAGGUGAAGAUGUAAGAAAGGUUCUUCUUUAGCUACUUCCAUGAACUCCCUUUUUCUAGCACAGGAUUGCAGGGAGUAAAAGCAUAGUCUGAAAGCAGUGGUGGCAAGGUAGGAAUGAACCCUGGAUGGAGAUCUAGUUUAUCUCAAUGUAUUCUUAUUAAGAGCCCAACUUACUAUUCAAUAAUUACAAAUCUAGUAAAGGGCUUGUAAACUCACGUUUACUUUUAUUUUCACUUGCACUGUAUCUUAGCCUAACACAGUUUUUUAAUGGAAUUCCAAAUGAUUGUGGAUUGUACAAACUCCAUUCUAUGAUUUAAACCUGGUCUAAGAACUGUGAAAUGGAGUUACCGACUGUGAAACUAAAUGGUAGGUAAAAUGAAGAACAAAAUAUCUUUUGCCUUAAGGUGCUACUUGUGAAGACCAUUCAGGUUUUUUUUUAUUUUUUGGUUUUACUUUUUGCCCACUUUAGGACAAUAUAAAUAAGAAGAGGCUGAAAUGCUAAGAGGACAUUGGGCAAGCUUGAAAUGUGUGAAUGUGAUGGCAAUGUUUGUCUUGUUUAUUUAAGCAAAUAAUAAAUUUGUAUGAUAGUGAAGGAAUAA